CCGGAGAAUGUGGGCAGGAAACGCCGCGCGAGAGGAGGGAGAGGCGGUCACGCUUCACCGCGCCGUUGCACAACGCGGUUCGAUCAACAUGUACUCUGAUUUUCCACGCUGAUGUGCAGGCGCGGCCAUUCUCCUCCUCCACCUCCUCCUCCUCCUCCUCCUCGGAUCUGCGCUCCGCGGCCGUCGCACAGCGGGCGAGGGAGGACUCGGCGGCGUGGGGUUUGACUCCGAUCCGAGCCAGAGGGCAGCCUUCCCCGGCCCGCUGCGUCGGGAAACAUCGCGGCUGGUCAGCGGGUGGGAGAGCGAGAACGGGCGAGAACGGGCUUCGUGGAUUAAAAAAAAAAAAGGAGGUGUCUGCCUCAUCUUGCAAAACCCACCACCAGCCCUCCACCCCCCACGAGCCAUGAGGGAGUACAAAGUGGUUGUUUUGGGGUCGGGUGGAGUCGGGAAAUCCGCGCUCACGGUCCAGUUCGUGACGGGCUCCUUCAUCGAGAAGUACGAUCCCACGAUAGAGGAUUUCUACCGGAAGGAGAUCGAGGUGGACUCGUCCCCGUCCGUGCUGGAGAUCCUGGACACGGCGGGCACCGAGCAGUUCGCCUCCAUGCGAGACCUGUACAUCAAGAACGGCCAGGGCUUCAUCCUGGUCUACAGCCUGGUGAACCAGCAGAGCUUCCAGGACAUCAAGCCGAUGAGAGACCAGAUCAUCCGGGUGAAGAGGUACGAGAGGGUGCCCAUGAUCCUGGUGGGAAACAAGGUGGACCUGGAGGGGGAGAGAGAGGUGUCCUCCGGGGAGGGCAAGGCGCUGGCCCAGGACUGGAGCUGCCCGUUUAUUGAGACUUCGGCCAAAAACAAAGGCUCAGUCGACGAACUGUUUGCAGAAAUCGUGCGACAGAUGAACUAUUCCACUGUUCCCAGUGGGGGCAACCAGUGCUGUUCAUGUGUCGUGCUCUAAGAGAAGAAAACGUGGGGGGGGGGGGGGGGGGAGAACGACACGUACAGACUCCAGAGCAUCCGUGCUGAAGUUGGGCUUCUUAACUUGUCCUGCAGGCGUUUUGCAGAUCUAUUAUCUCUCCUCACACGUGAUGUUUUGUUGUUGCACACAAACACAAAUCGACAAAGACAACCAUCAUUUUAUGUAUUCUAGUCUGGAAAAGUGUUUACAUGACAAGUACUUGAAUGUUUUGGGAUUUUCUUUUUUUAUAGCUCUGUAUAUGAUACUUCUCUGGAAAUGUGCCUCAAUGGGAAUGUCUUAUUGUGAAACCUAAGAGACACUUAUUCUAAUUGUUUUUUUUGUGUGGUUUUAAUUGUUGAUUUGUACUGUUAGGUCUUCUAGGCCGGGCCCAUCUGUUUGGGGGAGUGGUGGGGUUACUUCAAGGGUCACUUUUGGAUUUGUCUACUUCUUUUUUUUUAUUUCUGCCCAAGAGCAGCAGGCCCAAACACGCUUAAAGUUGCUCUUACAGGCACCAAUCACCACUCGAGCCUUGCACAGGUUACUCCAAUAACAUCUCCUCAAUUUUAUUUACUCCCAAAAAGUUCAGGUGUGAUCCAAGAAGCGCAGAUCGCCGCCCGCCCACCAAGAUGCUGUAUUUGAACCUGUUGAUUGUGGUGGAGUUGUGUUAGGACUUUGUAUUCUGGUUUUUACCCGUUACCGGUGUGCUGAAAGUGGAUUCUUCAUGGCACUUGCACUUAGCUGACGGUGUCCCUCCUCAGUGUGCACAAACAAGGACCUUGGUGCAUCGCUGUCGCUGCAUGGGGAACGCCGUGAACCCAUGUCAAGUGCCUUCCCAAGAAAAACGCCUGUGACUGUGCCAACGGAUGAGCCCCUUCUUCUUCUUCUUCUUCUUCAGUGCGUCUCGAUGGCAAUCAGAACUUUUAAAGCAGUUUUCAGUGAACAAUCUACGUUUUAAAAUUUGGUGUCAAAGUGGGGCGAGCCUGUUUCCACGCGACUGUCAGGAAGCCGCGCUUGUGUCUGACCUGCUGUUUCAGGGUCGGGUUCGGGCCGUUUUCUCGUCCACAGCCAGAACAACGGAGUAGCUUUAACCUGCUAGCGUUACGUUUCAGUGAAAGGCAAGCCAUGUUUGUCCGGAGUAUCUAUUUUUUAUUUUUUUCUUCUUCCUUUUCUUAAAAGUGUUACUUACAGUAAUUGUUAAAUCUCUCUUUUGGAAAAAAAAUCUUCAGCCAUCCACCUGUCAGUUUGAAAGACUUGUAAUACAAAAAGCAUUUUAUGUAACGCUGUGUACUGCGCUUGUCUCUGCUUGUGACUUAAAGAGUCCUCAUUUUGGGGGCUUUAAAUGUGAUUGUCCCAUUUCCCAUAAAUUGAUUAGUCAACAAAUGCAUUAAUUGACAGUUAAUAGUUAGAGUAAUACAUGAAGAUACAAAUAUUCACCACUGUGAAGAUUUGCGGUUUGUCCCCUUCAGCAUAUGUUCAACAUUUCCCGCAUGACUACAAUUAGCUGCAGCUCUCGCACCUUCUCGGGAGAAGCCGUGCCUUUUCUUGGCAUUCAGACUUGAUGCCUUUUUUCACAAGAAGAGGUGCGUAUACUGAAUGUUUACUGAAUGUUUACUGAACAGCCUCUAACACCGCGGCCGUGAUACUGAGCGAAGUGAUCGUUGGGCCACUUGAAUUUAGACAGAAAACACGUCUCUUUCCAGUUGUUUGGGUAGUGGGUACGGUUUCCAGUAAGCGGG